AUGGGGGAGCCACAGUACGCCAAGAACCCCGACCUUCAGCUGUCGCAACACAUCUUCCACAUCACGAACCCGUACUCGUCCAAGGCCACCCAGGACUCCUCGCUGAAGAUCCUCCAAGAUGCCAUCAAGGAACACAAGAUGGCGCCUCUCUACCGCCACCUGGCGCAUCCUUCGGAGGGUAUCUUGAACGCUCCUGGUGAAGGCUCCACUCAGCAGCCGGUUCGCCCGAGGAGAGCGUCAUCCAGCAUAGGAAGCUUGCUCGCCCCCACCAAGCAGCCGGCAUUGAACGUCACUCUACCUUGGGAUGAGAAGCUUUACGAGGAGCUGAAGGCGGACAAUGAGAAGGAACUGGAAGCUAUACAGAAGGAGGAGGAGGAGGCGGUUGAGAAGGCUGGUGAGACUGAGAUUCAGACGGCACGAGGCAAGAGGGCAGAGUUCUGGACGCGCGUCGGAGACAAGGACAAGGCGAUUGCUGCGUACGAAGCUGUCUUCGAGAACACGGGCAUCCUCGGUACGAAGAUCGAUAUUGUCCUUGCCAUCAUUCGCGUCGGCCUCUUCUUCGGCGACAAGGUCCUUGUCAAGACAUCGGUGGAGCGCGCGACUACGCUGGUUGAGAGCGGUGGUGACUGGGACCGCCGCAACCGCCUCAAGGCCUACUCAGGUCUGCACUACCUCACCAUCCGCAGCUACAACCAGGCUGCGCCGCUGCUUCUUGACAGUCUUUCCACAUUCACAAGCUACGAGCUCUGCAGCUACUCCAACCUCGUCAUAUACGCCGUGCUCGCUGGUUCUGUCUCCCUCAAGCGUGUGGACUUCAAGUCCAAGGUCGUCGAUGCGCCGGAGAUCAAGGCGAUUCUCGGUGAGGGCGAGGAGAAGCUUUCCGCGUUGACGGGCGCCAUCUCCUCGGGCCCUGCUGCUGGUGACGAGGAGAUGCCCGAAGCCAAGGCAACCUCAAGCACUCCCGGACAAGCUGCGGUCAACCUCACUACAUUGGGCCAGACGAACCCGGAUACGGAGGCGCAGAUCGACUUUAGCCCGCUAGCAAACCUCGUAAACAGCCUGUACCAGGGCAACUACCGCAGCUUCUUCCUUGCUUUGGCUGCCGUCGAGGAGAACUUCCUCAGCAAGGAUCGCUACCUGUACGAGCACCGCGGCUGGUUCGUCCGUGAGAUGCGCCUGCGCGGUUACCAGCAGCUCCUCCAGAGCUACAGGGUUGUUGGUCUCCAGAGCAUGGCCAACGACUUCGGAGUUUCGGUGGAUUUCCUCGACAAGGACCUCUCCAAGUUCAUUGCGGCAGACCGCGUGCCGUGCACCGUCGAUCGUGUCCGCGGCAUAAUCGAGACGAAUCGACCGGAUGACAAGAACAAGCAGUACAAUGACGUGGUCAAGCAAGGUGACCAGCUGAUCACGAAGCUUCAGAAGUACGGACAGACGGAGCGCGUCACCGCCAUGACUGUGCGCCGGCUGACACUCGGGCGCGCCGUGAGGGCGUUCCAGUCAUGCGAACGAGUCACCCCGGCGGCCCUGCCUUCGCCGAUUUGCGGUAGGAAGCCGUCCUCCCCACGCGCCCGCAGCCUACCCCACUGCGCGAACCCCUCGUGUCCCUGCGCCGAUGACGGCGACAUGUGCUCCGUCACGGGCCAGCCCGUUUCCUUCCCAUCCACCGCCGCCUUCAGCCUCGGCGCCCAAACCCGCCUCUCGUCUUUCUCUCCGCAUUUCCCCGCCGCCGCCCGCACCUUUUCCUCCACACAGACCCUCAAGAUGAAGGCCCUCACAAUCAACAACAUCAACCCCCACGUGAAGGCGGCCAAGUAUGCCGUGCGUGGCGAGCUCGCAGUCAAGAGCGAAGAGUACCGCGCUCGUCUAGCUAGGGGAGAGAAGGGCGACCUUCCUUUCGACACCAUUAUCCCGGCGAACAUUGGUAACCCGCAGCAGCUGGACCAGAAGCCUCUCACCUUCUUCCGCCAGGUCGCAAGUCUGAUAGAGAACCCUCUGCUGUUGGAGCAUGAGGACGUGCUGAGGAACGGCCUGGGCUACAAGCAGGAUGUCAUCGACAGGGCGAGGAAGCUGCUGAAGGAUGUCGGAAGCGUUGGCGCAUACAGCCAGAGCCAGGGCUCACCGGCGGUUAGGGAGGAGGUUGCCAAGUAUAUUGAGAGACGCGACGGAUUCCCGGCCGACCCGGCGAACAUCUUCCUCAGCGCCGGCGCCUCGUCCGGAGUGAACGCGCUUCUCCACAUCAUUUGCGAGAACGAGAAGUCUGGUGUCCUCGUCCCGAUUCCCCAGUACCCUCUCUACACUGCCACACUUUCCGUUCUGAACGCGCAGGCUGUGCCGUACUACCUUGAUGAGUCAACGCACUGGGGAACCAGCCUGGAAGACAUCAAGGCCGGCUAUGACAAGGCUGUCGCGGAGGGCAUUGACGUGCGCGCGAUCGUCGUCAUCAACCCUGGCAACCCCACGGGAGCCAGCUUGAGCUCGGAGGAUAUCCACAGCGUUCUGAGGUUUGCGGCGGAGAAGAACUUGGUCGUGAUGGCCGAUGAGGUCUACCAGACGAACGUUUUCAGCGGCAAGUUUAUUUCGUUCAAGAAGGCGCUGCGCGAAUUGCAGCAGGAGGAGCCCGGCAAGUACGACGAGCUGGAGCUUGCGUCGUUGCACUCCAUUUCCAAGGGUAUGGUUGGUGAAUGCGGCCACCGUGGUGGAUACUACGAGAUGGUUGGAUUCGACCCGGAGGUCAAGGCCGAGAUUUACAAGUUCGUCUCCAUUCAGCUGUGCGCGCCUGUAAUUGGUCAGUGCUUCGUCGAGAUGAUGGUCAACCCGCCCAAGGAGGGCGAGCCAAGUUAUGCGUUGUACAAGGAAGAGCACGACGGCAUCUACAAGAGCUACCACGAGCGCGCGAUGGCGCUGUUCGAGGCCUUCAAGAAGAUGGAGGGAGUGGAGUGUGCUUCUCCUGCCGGCUCGAUGUACCUAUUCCCCACCAUCACUCUCCCGGAGAAGGCGAUCCAGCAGGCUGAGAAAGAAGGCCGCAAGCCCGACGAGUUCUACACUUUGCGCAUGCUCGACGCGACGGGUGUCUGUACCGUGCCCGGCUCUGGCUUCGGUCAGAGGGACGGGACCUGGCACUUCCGCACCACUUUCCUUGCGCCAGGCACGGAGUGGAUUGGCCGGAUUGUGGAGUUCCACCGUAAAUUCAUGGACGAGUUCAGGUAA